CAAAAUGGACCUACGUUUUCUACUCUUAGGGUCCCUAGUCUUAUUCUUGCUGGUCGGUUGUCAAGCCGCUAUUGCAGAUAAUGAAUUGGAGGUAUCCAACUUUUUGGAAGCGGUCAAUCACCGGCUAGCAUUUCUCUACAACAAAGAAGUCAUGGCCAAUUGGCAAAAUGAAAUCAAGGGACCCAAUGAUCUAAUAGCUAUGUUACAGUCUGAGAUUGCCACUCAACAGAUCAUGCGUUUUAUUCACAGUAUUUCUACAAAAGUGGCAAAAUUCAAGAGAAUUCCUUUGGAGAAUAAAGAUUUAAAACGACAAUUGGAUCUAAUACCCGAAGUGGGUUAUGAGGUUUUACCCGUGGAAGAUUUGGAACUGCUCUAUGCUGUUACUAGUAAUAUGAGUGAUAUUUAUAAAAAUGUUAAAUUGUGUUCGUUCAGGGAGAAGGAACGUUGUGAUUUAAGAUUGAUACCCGAGGUUCAAAAUAUUUUACACUCCACCGAUGAUGUGCGUGAAAUCGAAUACUAUUGGUUGGAAUGGCGUCGUAAGACGGGCAUAGCAGCGAGAGAAGAUUUUCACAAAUUUGUGGAGUUAUAUCGAAAGACAGCGAAAAUGAAUGAGUCGUAA